CACGACCCCGGGGGCUCCCUCCCAUCACCCCGACUGGCAGAGGAAGACUCCGAGGGGCCGGCAGCCGCGAGACCUGCCCGAGCGGCGCGGAGGGUCGGCGCCCGGGGGUGGGAGGCACCUCCCGUGAGGUCCGCACCGCUGGCGGGCGGGGCGGAGAGGGGGGCGCGGACGCAGGGCGGCCGCUCGGCUGGGGGCCCUCCCGGCUUCCCGAGAGCACCCCCCGGGCGCGGCCCCGCGGGCGCGCUCUGGGCUCGCGGCGGCCUGGAGGCGCGCGCCCCUGCCAGCCCGGCCGCCCGCCCGCGCGCUCCCGGCCGCGCGCCGCCGUCCUCCCCGCCUCCCUCCCCGCCCCCGGCCGGGUACCCCGCGGACCCGGGGAGCGCGCCGCCGCCAUCUUAGUGGCUCUGCCGCCUGCAGCGGAGUGCUGCGCUCGCCGAGGGGAGGGCGCCCGCGGCCCAGCGCACGGCGGCGGCGGCUCCUCGGACCCCGGUGCCCGCCGCGGCGCGAAGCGGCCGACCCCGGGCCGCGAGAGCCCCGCUCGGCGCCCGCGCGCGCCCCUGCCGCUCCCGCCUCGGGCCGGCCGCGGCGCCGGAGCCCGAACGAUGCUGCGCCGCCCCGCGCCCGCCCUGGCCGCCUGGCUGCUGCUGGCCGGGCUGCUGGGCGGCGGCGGGGGCCGGGCCGUGCGAGUUAACAAGCACAAGCCGUGGCUUGAGCCCACCUAUCAUGGCAUCGUUACGGAAAAUGACAACACAGUGCUCCUCGACCCUCCGCUGAUUGCCCUGGAUAAAGACGCACCUCUGCGUUUUGCAGAGAGUUUUGAGGUGACAGUCACCAAAGAAGGUGAGAUCUGUGGAUUUAAGAUUCAUGGGCAGAAUGUCCCCUUUGAUGCAGUGGUAGUGGGUAAGUCCACCGGCGAGGGAGUCAUUCGCUCCAAGGAGAAGCUGGACUGUGAACUGCAGAAGGAUUACACCUUCACCAUCCAGGCCUACGACUGCGGGAAGGGACCCGACGGUGCCAAUGCGAAAAAGUCUCAUAAAGCAACUGUCCACAUUCAGGUGAACGAUGUGAACGAGUAUGCGCCCGUAUUCAAGGAGAAGUCCUACAAAGCCACGGUCGUUGAGGGGCGGCAGUACGACAGCAUUCUGAGGGUGGAGGCCCUGGACGCAGACUGCUCCCCUCAGUUCAGCCAGAUUUGCAGCUAUGAGAUCGUCACUCCAGAUGUACCGUUCAGCAUCGACAAAGACGGUUAUAUAAAAAACACAGAGAAGCUCAACUAUGGCAAAGAACAUCAGUAUAAGCUGACGGUCACCGCCUACGACUGCGGGAAGAAAAGAGCCACAGAAGAUGUUUUGGUGAAGAUCAGCAUUAAGCCCACCUGCACCCCUGGGUGGCAGGGAUGGAACAGCAGGGUCGAGUAUGAGCCUGGCACGGGCGCUUUGGCCCUCUCCCCAGACGCCCACCUGGAGACGUGUGAUGAGUCCGUGGCCUCGGUGCAGGUGACGGUGGAGCUGGAGACCAGCCACAUAGGGAAAGGCUGUGACCGGGACACCUACUCCGAGAAGUCCCUUCACCGGCUCUGCGGCGCUGCGUCUGGCACUGCUGAGCUGCUCCCUUCCCCCAGCGGGCCCUUGAACUGGACCGCCAGCCUGCCCACGGACAAUGGCCACGACAGCGACCAGGUCUUUGAGUUCAACGGCACUCAGGCCGUGAGGAUCCCAGAUGGCGUUGUUUCCAUCAGCCCCAAAGAGCCUUUUACAGUUUCCGUGUGGAUGAGGCACGGGCCAUUCGGCAGGAAGAAGGAGACGAUUCUUUGCAGCUCAGACAAAACAGAUAUGAACCGGCACCAUUAUUCACUCUAUGUCCAUGGCUGCCGGCUUAUUUUCCUUCUCCGCCAGAAUCCUUCAGAAGAGAAGAAAUACAAACCUGCAGAAUUCCACUGGAAGUUGAAUCAGGUCUGCGAUGAGGAGUGGCAUCACUACGUCCUCAAUGUGGAAUUCCCAAGUGUGACUCUCUAUGUGGACGGUGUUUCUCAUGAGCUCUUCUCUGUGACUGAAGAUUACCCUCUUCAUCCAUCUAAAAUCGAAACUCAGCUCGUGGUUGGGGCUUGCUGGCAAGAGUAUUCAGGAGUUGAAAAUGACAGUGAAACUGAGCCCAUGCCUGUGGCCUCUGCAGGUGGUGACCGGCACUUGGCCCAGUUUUUCCGAGGCAAUCUGGCUGGCCUGACCAUCCGUCCCGGGAAACUCGCGGAUAAGAAGGUGAUUGACUGUCUGUAUACCUGCAAGGAGGGGCUAGACCUGCAAGUCCCCGAAGACAGUGGCAGCGGUGUGAAGAUCCAUGCCAGCCCCAGUCAGUUGGUGCUGACCUUGGAAGGAGAGGACAUCGGGGAGCUGGACAAGGCCAUGCAGCGUGUUUCCUACCUGAACUCGCGGCAGUUCCCCACACCUGGGAUCCGAAGACUCAAAAUCACCAGCACGGUCGAGUGUUUUAAUGAGGCCACCUGCCUGUCAGUCCCCCCAGUAGGCGGCUACGUGAUGGUUUUGCAGCCAGAGGAGCCCAAGAUCAGCCUUAGUGGCAUCCGCCACUUUGCUCGAGCGGCUUCUGAAUUUGAGAGCUCGGAAGGGGUUUUCCUCUUCCCCGAGCUUCGGAUCAUCAGCACCAUCACGAGAGAAGUGGAGCCCGAAGGGGAAGGGGACGAAGACCCCACAGUUCAAGAGUCACUUGUGUCUGAGGAGAUCGUGCACGACCUGGACACCUGCGAGGUCACGGUGGAGGGUGAGGAGUUGAACCGAGAGCAGGAGAGCCUGGAGGUGGACCUGGCUCGCCUGCAGCAGAGGGGCAUGGAGGCGAGCAGCUCCGACCUGGGCAUGAUUUUCACAGGCGUGGACUCCAUGGCCAACUACGAGGAGGCUUUGCGCCUCUUGCGCUACCGGAACUGGCACACCAGGUCCUUGCUUGACCGCAAGUUCAAGCUCAUAUGCUCCGAGCUGAAUGGCCGCUACGUCAGCAAUGAAUUUCAGGUGGAGGUGGAUGUGAUCCACACGGCCAACCCCGUGGAACACGCCAGCUACCUGGCUGCCCAGCCGCAGUUCGUGCACCCUGAGCACCAUGCCUUCGUUGACCUCUCGGGCCACAACCUGGCCAAGCCCCACCCGUUUGCAGGCGUCCCUGGCACUGCAGCCGUCGUGGCCGUGGGCUGCGUCAGCUUCUUGGUGUUCAUGGUCGUGUUGGGAGCGUUCCGGAUCCGCGCUGCUCACAGGCGAGCCACGCGGGACCAGGACUCCGGGAAGGAGAACGAGAUGGACUGGGACGACUCCGCCUUGACCAUCACUGUGAACCCUAUGGAGACAUAUGAGGACCAGCCCAGCAGCGAGGAGGAGGAGGAGGAGGCGGGGGACAGCGAGGACGGCGAGGAGGACGACGACCUCACCAGCGCCGAGUCGGAGAGCAGCGAGGAGGAGGAGGGGGCCCGCGGGGACCGGCCCAGCGCCAGCAGGCCGCAGCAGCUGGAGUGGGACGACUCCACCCUCAGCUACUGAGCGCCCGCUGCCCUGCCCGCUGCUGCGGGCACCCCCGCCAUCCCGCCAUGCCGCCCCCGAGGGCCCCUGAUGUACAAAGUCAUUCUGGCCAGUAGGUCCGCAGACCCUCCCCAUCGCUGACCAUCUGCCUGUGCUCCGUGUAGGACCGUAGCCCCCCGCCCGCCUGACCUCUCGUAAGUCUUGGGAGGAGCGCACACCCGCCGCCGUGGAGCUGCUGCGAGGACUGAAUGCGGGACCGUCGGGUGAAGUUGCUCACUCCCACCUGCUCAUCCUUUUCUUUUUUGAUUUUUUUUUCUAAGAGUUUUUAUUUUUUCUGAACUAGUGCAUGUAUAAAGUGGCAGAAUGGGGUUAACAUGUAGAUGAUGAACUGACUUUUUAAUAUUUUGUACAUAAAUUGGGAUCUCUCCUGUCCUUUGUGCCGGCAUAACCGAGGGCUGGAGUGCAACGUGAAGUCGAAAACACUGAGCGCAGGAGAGACCCCGUGGGCUUCAGCCUCUGCCCCCACAGUCAAGGAGAAGGGGCCUGCCCCGCCCCAGCCCUGCUCGGUACAGCCCCGGCCUCUGGGUGUGUGGCCGGGGCAGGUAGGGGCAGGGAUUUCUCUGUGCUGCACAGUAGGGGGGGCCGGAUCAGGGACCCCUCUUUGGAGGCUGGAAGUGGCCAGGGCUCUCCUUUGGGAUUCUUCCCAUCUCUCAUUUGCGGAGGGGUGGGGUGCCAGGGAAUCUGGCCUCUCGCUGCACUCCUUCAGUGACCAGCAGCCCCUUGUUCGGGAAUCUGGGCUCCCCGUGCGCAGCUGUGGGGUUCAUGUCUGCCGGAUGCACGUUUCCUCGCUGGUGGAGCAUGUAUUUGAUGGUGUGGAUGGCAAACUGACCACUUGGUUUGGAGACAGCGUCACACCUGAGCGAUCUGUACUUAGAACGUCCGUUAAAAGGACACACAGGCCUGAAGGCAGACAGCCUGUGCUAGACUCCCCCCCACAGCCCAUGCUCGCCUCCCCAGAGCCCGUGGGUCAAGCCCACCGUAGUAGCGAGGGGCCCAGCCGCUUCACGCUGUGGGGAAGGAAAAGGAGAGGACUGUCAUGAGCUAACCCCACAGCACUUUGUUUUUAAUUUACAUGUAAAAUUUUAGAUUUCUAAAAUCGGGGUAAAAUAAUUUUGAAUACUGUUCUCUGAUCAGAACUGCUAGUUUCGAGGACACUGCCGGCUGUCCCGUGUUGUGUGUGGCUGCCCUCCCUGUACCGUCACCGUAGCUGCUCUGUGUAGACAAUGGAUAGACGCAAAUGCAGGCACCAGGCGUGCUCGCGCUGUGCCACAUGGAAUCACCCUUCAGACAUGUAUGUUGAUAGGUCGGAAAGUGUAUACACUACAAUAAAGUUCUGGUUCUAAUUCC